UCCACAUUAUAAUAUGGAAUGUGGCUCGAUGAUAUAUGAGAUGCUCCUGCAGCAGUUGUUAGGGGCUGAAAUUUACCAGAAAAAUGAUUAAGUGUCAUUUUUGGUGAAUUCCAUAAGGCCUUGCAAGUUUUCACAUACGACUGUCCUAAACUUGCCACAUUAUCCACACACCACAUCCCUAUGGCAGCCUGUUCAUCAUAUACUCCCACUGGCAUUCCACAAAUAUUCUGCACUGCCAGGAGAUUCUGAGAAUCCAGGCAUCUUUAAAAGGCCAUCGGGCACCUGGUCAAGCAUUGUCAGACCACAGAUGCCCUCCACAGUGCGUCACUUUAACCCUGGAUGUGGCAAACUGAGGAAAUGGACACUCUGCUUUGUAGACAGGCAUCGGGAGGUCCUGAUGGAUGGAGUGAUACAUAGCAGGAACAUCCAUUUCCUUCAGGACCACCAGAAGGCGCCAUGCAACCAGAUCCUCCAGCCUGUUCCACCGGGUCAGUGUAGUGUGGUUGGUCUGGAGAACUGCACAGCGAUGCCACAAAAAUGGUCAAUGACCUUCUCCACUGUGCCAGGGAGAAAGCGACCCACCAUAGGGCAGAGAGAAAGUCAGCUGACCGGUGGACUCCCUGGCAUUUGGUUCCUGAUGAGGAGAGGAUCGUUGUGCUGGCUGGCAAGGAUUACACCUGUACCUGUGGUGAUGCUGAAAUCUCUUUGGUCCCAGUUACUGAGUAGGAAUCAUUGUCCAUUGCUGCAUUGCUAUCCUGUUGGUAGUGCGGUCCAUCACUCAUUGCCAUUGUGGCUGCAUCCUGGUGGGUCCUACGGAGAGGUGAUCUGCUUCAGUGAUUCCGGCCGGGAUUCCGGCAUGGUGGCCUUUGGUGAUCAGGUGGGUCCUUCAGGCAGCUUCUGCAGUGCCCUCAGCAGCUGGUGGUUCCGCCCGGGAUUCCAACGGCCUGAGAUUUGGCAGCUUCAAUGUCGUCUUUCUGCAGCGGUAGAGAACGUGGUUCCUGUCCUUUCCAUGUCCUUGAGAACCCAUGAGCCGUGAAUUGUACAAUGAUAGACCUUGUCUUAAUAUUUAAAAUAUAUAUGGUUCCUCUUCUGAUUUCUGUUAUUGAUAGAGGCACCGGAAUAUGGCAACAUAAACACUUUUCACUGUUUUUUUUGU